AUGAAAGAAAAGGUAGAUAAAGAACUGGAGCGCCUGGAAAAGGAUGGCGUCAUCAGCCCUGUGAAGCACAGCGAGUGGGCUGCUCCAGUGGUCCCUGUAACCAAGAAGGACGGUGGACUCCGCUUGUGUGGCGACUAUAAGGUAACUGUGAACCUGGCUACAAACACUGAAACGUACCCACUACCACGCAUUGAAGAGGUUCUGGCAGCAUUAUGUGGGGGGAAGAUAUUCUCUAAAAUCGACCUGGCAGCCGCGUACCAACAAGUCCUUCUAGAUGACGAGUCAAAAAAGAUCAUGGAGAACGUGAUGAGAGACCUCAACGUCCUGGUUUACUUGGAUGACCUGCUAGUGAUGGGCAGGGACGAAGCUGAGCAUCUGCUGAACCUGGACAGAGUUCUACAGCGGCUACAAGAAAACGGCCUGAGAGUAAAAAAGUCAAAGUGUGACUUUGGGAAAACACAAAUCGAGUACCUAGGUCACAUGUUGGAUGGAAAAGGAGUUUACCCUUCUAAAGACAAGGUCAGAGCCGUGCAUGAUGCUCCAACGCCCACAAACAUCAAAGAGCUCAGGGCUUUCCUAGGGCUAGUGAACUACUACGGUCGCUUUUUGCCGCAGCAAAAGCAAAUUGUCACAGACAACGCCACGACCUUCAUGUCAGAGGAGUUUCAGCUCUUCAUGAAAAGGAACGGUAUCCUUCACACAACUGGUGCACCGCGGCAUCCAGCUACCAAUGGCCUCGCUGAGAGGUAUGUUGCUACAUUCAAAGCAGGCAUGAAGAAGCUGGACGGAGAGGACUUGAAUGUUGAGGACAAGGUCUCACAUUUCCUACUGCGGUAUCGCAGAACUCCCAACAGUGCGACUGGAGAGUCACCCGCAGAUUUGCACCUAAAGAGACAUGUGCGUUUGCGGUUGGAUUUCCUAAGGCCAAACAUCGCCAUGAGGGUACGGAGGAGGCAGUAUCAGCAGAAGGAGGAGCACGACAGUCGGGCUACCGAGAGACAGUUUGAUGUGGAUGAUCCUGUGUAUCUACGCAAUACUGCAGGUGAUAAACCCAAAUGGAUCCCUGGAGUAGUUACACAGCAGACAGGUCCGGUGUCGUACCGGGUGCAGGGAGAGACAACUGACCAAGUGUACAGACGUCACGGAGACCAGUUGCGACCUCGGUAUCCUCAGGAGGUUUCAGACCCAGAGCCUCUAGGAGCAACUCAGUCAGCGGAUCAGGAGAGUAACCUUGCUGGGCCAGUCUCCACAGCACCUGCUCCACAACCGUUUACGGAGGAGAGUGAACGCAGGCGCGCGUUCUUCGCCGCUACAGCGCCCCGUCCGGACUCCUCUCAGGACGAGGAGUCUGUGACUGACUGGGCCCCCCUCGACCUCCCACCCGUGCCCGCGGAGUGGGGUGACUGCGAGGACGGAGAGGUGUCGGAGGUCGGCUCUCUCCUCACGCUGGACGAGGUGGUGUCCAACCCGGAGCCGGACCGCUUCCCGCUGGACCACAUGCCUGGGCUCUACUCCACGGCGGCGGCCAUCAUGGAUGCCCCCCUGCCACCGCAACCGAACCAGAGGGUGGAGGACUUCACCUCUGGUUACGCCACCACUCGAGGGAGGAGGAGAGCGCAGCCCACGUUGUGCCCGCGUAUGGACCCGAUCGUCCAUUACGCGACACUGCUCUCCCACCCCUUCAUCUGCUCUGCAUGGGAUAGAAAGGGCUUUGUGGGCUCAGUGGGUUACACAGCCUCCGCAGACACAGCCACAGCCUCCACAGACACAGCCUCCACAGACACAGCCUCCACAGACACAGACACAGCCUCCAAAGACACAGCCUCCACAGACACAGCCACAGCCUCCACAGACACAGCCUCCACAGACACAGCCUCCACAGACACAGCCUCCAAAGACACAGACACAGCCUCCAAAGACACAGCCUCCACAGACACAGCCUCCACAGACACAGCCUCCACAGACACAGCCUCCACAGACACAGACACAGCCUCCACAGCCUCAGCCUCCACAGACACAGCCUCCACAGACACAGCCUCCAAAGACACAGACAUAGCCUCCACAGCCUCAGCCUCCACAGCCACAUCCACAGACACAGACACAGCCACAGCUUCCACAGACACAGCCUCCACAGCCUCAGCCUCCACAGACACAGGCACAGCCACAGCCUCCACAGACACAGCUUCCACAGACACAGCCUCCACAGCCUCAGCCUCCACAGACACAGGCACAGCCACAGCCUCCACAGACACAGCUUCCACAGACACAGCCUCCACAGACACAGCCACAGACACAGACACAGCCACAGCCACAGCCGCCACAUCCACAGCCUCCGUCAUGGCUCUGCUGCUCAGGUCUCUCUGUGUCCUGACCCUUCUUGCCUUCAGCUCGGCCCAGAGAGCUCCACAGCAGCGGCAGAUCCACACUAUCAGGCCUGGAGCCUCUGGCAGACCUGACCGACUGGACCCACGCAGUGCAGAACCUCCUGAAACCAAAACUUUCCAACGGACUCAUGAGGAGCAACGCACGCCACGACGCACGCAGCAGGGAGCGCGACUCGGGAACCACCUGACUCUGGGUAGAAGCACUAACAAAGUUACUUCCAACUGCAGAAACCGUCCCAUUGACCUGGUCUUCGUCAUUGACAGCUCUCGCAGCGUGCGUCCUUCUGACUUUGAGAAAGCCAAACAGUUCCUCCAGGACAUGGUGGAGACGAUGGAGAUUGGCUCCGACAGCACCAGAGUGGGUUUGGUCAACUACGCCAGCACCGUCAAGAUUGAGUUCCUGCUGAAAACCUACUCAGAUAAGACCGCACUCAAAACAGCUCUGUCCCGAGUGGAGCCCCUGGCCUCGGGUACCAUGACGGGAAAAGCCAUCAAGACCACGAUGGACCAGGCUUUCACCGCUGAGGCUGGAGCCAGAAUGUCUUCCAAGGACAUUGCCAAAAUCGCCAUCAUAGUGACGGACGGACAUCCCCAGGACAGCGUGGAGGAGGUGUCCGCAGCAGCUCGGGCUUCAGGGAUCGAGAUCUUCGCCGUUGGAGUGGGACGAGCCGACCUGACGUCCCUGAGGCUCAUGGCCAGUCCUCCUCACGACGAUCACGUCUUCUACUCAGAAACUUAUGGAGUCAUAGAGAAGCUCAUGUCCAAAUUUAGUGAAACUCUGUGUGGUAAGAAUGAUGAGGGGAGUGCGGAUGGCUCUAUGGUUGGUGAAACGGAUGAGUUUGGCCUAGGUGUGGAUCCCUGCGGUGGCGGCCAUGACUGCCAACAUGUCUGUGUCAAUAACGGCAGCUCCUUCUCCUGCAAGUGCCGCUCUGGCUUUGUCCUGAACCCGGACAAGAAGACAUGCUCACAUCAGAAAACCUGCUCACGUGAGGCCUUAGGAUCCUUAGGGAAUGCUUGUGCCAACGGACAUGACUGUCAGCACAUAUGCGUGAACAACGAGAGCUCGUACACGUGCACGUGCUGGCCUGGAUACGUGCUGAAUGUGGACCAGAAAACAUGCUCACUCCCCAAGAGCGGAGUUUCAACAAGGCCAAUGUUUUUGUUUCUAUAA